AUGUCUUCAUGUUUCGGCUUCCGCAGGUCGACCGCCCAGGAUCGGGAGCCUUUGCUCCCCCAGUACCACGAUGACACCCAGCGCCAACAUGAGCUGCACAAGAAACUGCAUUCCUAUCAGAUUCUCCGAGCCCUCCGCAAAGGUUUCAUGCCGUCGAACGAGCAAUUGAUCGUCAAUCUGCGCACCUUGCUAGCUGCAGAUGUUUUGAACCCGCAGUCGCAAGAUCUGAGCCAAUCCGGCCGGCUCCUCAUUCAGCGAACCAAAAGAUUGCUGCAGCAGUUCAUGGACCUCUUGCAGCACAAGAACUCCGAGGACCAGAUCCAAGACUUUCUUUGGUUCCUUCCGAAAGCGAAUUUGUCGUUGGAUGCCGGCGAUAUAUCUCGCCAAGCCUCCACGGCACGUGCAAGGGCGGAUACAGCUGCAGCAUACCAAAGCCUCCACACCGUCGGCUCCCUUCUCCUCACCAAUUCCGACUUCCGGAUCUUCGUCUCUGAUCUGACCACGGUCGGUCGCGAGGUGUUCAGGGAUACGGCGUUUUCGCUAUCAGGGGUUGCGGAAGAAGCAGGAAGACGGCUAGAUCCGCCGAAAGAUGAGCAAGAUGCUCUAAAAUUCCCCGGGGAAGAUGCAAGACACAGCCCUUCCGGCGACGACGUCACCAGAGAAGUUGCCGAGGUAUCUCACGAGGUCCAGACCGGCGCCGUUCAUGUCGUCCAAGAGGCUAAGGACAGUCUGGCCGACAAACUGCACGGCGGCGAAAAAGACACGCUUGUACAUCGGUUGAAGCAAGCUGUCGCUAGUUUGAGGAAGAGGCCCGAUUACGAUGAUUCCGUCUCCACAAUUGCGAUGUUGCUCAAACGGUACGUGCUGGUGUACACGCGUGCCCUGGAGGACACGGUAAGCACGGCGGAAAGUGACGUCCACGUCAAUUCCGAGAUGGAACUUGCCAUGAAAAACUUCUGGAGCUUCCUGAUCUCGUUUGGCGACCGGCAUGAAUGGCAGAAACUCGAGGAGAAAGCCAAACAUGUGAUCGAUCAAACCAAACAUGACCCUGAGUUCGAGGGUUUACUGGUUGAUGUCGGGAAUUCCCUCGAGGGUCUGUUAAAGGAUCCGGAAUUCUUUGACCACAUCGAAGAAAGAUUCCAAGAGCUACGGGUAAAAUCUGAGAAAGCUGGUAAGCAGUCGAGCCUUCGUCAAGAAGUCGAGGAGCUGUUGCACCAAAUCUCUAUCACGUUCCAGAGCGUCGUUCGCGACGACGACAUUUCCAAGCUACUCCAGACUGCACUGUCCGUGGUCCAUCUCUUUUCCCCGCAGGGGGAGUAUGUCAAUGACGCUCUGCUUUCCGAUUCCCUGUCUGUCUUUAUCCCUCUCGUCAUCCAAGCCGUUCAAUAUGUCCCCAUUCCACGACUUGAAGUAUCUACCCCUGAAAUCGACCUUCUCCUUGAGAACCUCAUCCUCGAGCCCGGCAAAACCAUCAACCACACUUCCUUCCUGCCCUACAAACUCGAUCUCAACACCGUCAACAACGUCACCGUCCGCGCCGCCCAUGUGCACACCGUAUCCACCGUCACCACCAGCAUCACAGUGACCCUCUCCGGCCUAACCCUCUGCGCCUCGGAGCUCGGCUUCUGGUUCCGCCUCCACAAAUUCCCCCUCUUUCUCACCUCCUCCGGCCUCGCCAACUUCGCCCUCGACAACCGCGGCCUCGACCUCUCCUUCACCAUCGACAUACCCCGCGGCCCCGGCCUCUCCCGCCCCGAUUCCAUAGCACGCCUCCGCGCUGCCCGCGCGCACGUCCAUCAACUCGACUACUCCCUUAAGCAAUCAAAACUCUCACCCCUCCUGUGGCUGCUGAAGCCCAUCCUGCGCCCGCUUCUGAAGAAGACGCUGGAGUGGCGGAUCGCGAACGCGGUAGCGGACGGCCUUCGCGCUCUGGAUCGGGAGUUCGUGUUUGCGAGGGAGCGGCUGAGGGCGACGAGGGUUGCGGAGCCGAGGGAUUUGGUGACGUUCUUGAGGGCAGUGGCGGCGCGGUGGACGCCGGAGGAGGAUCCGGAGGUCUAUACGAGAGUGGGGGUGGAUGAGCCGGGAGCAGGUGUGUUUAGGGGUCGGUAUGCGCCGGGGAGCUUGGUGAAGCUUUGGAAGGAGGAGGCAGGGGAGGCGGCGGUUAAGACCGAGGAGAUUACUGAGUUCCCAUAUGACAUUGCCUUCUGCGUUCUGAAGCAUCCUCCAGGGGCCGACUAUGGAGUAUGGCUGAGGUAG